GGCUUAACCAAAACAUACUUUAACAUAGUACAUAGGACACAGAUCUAGAUCCAGUAAAUUCUCUCGACGAUCAUAGUCUUGUAGAUCUAGAUCUAAAAAAGAUUCUAAAAUCAAGCUAGAGGCUGUCUAUUCAGGAAAACGUCCUAGUUCUAUUCACAUUAUCCUGUUUCAUUCUUUAUCUAUUCCAUCAAAGUUACUGGGAAAAAAAUAUGGCUGCCUCCAUAAAGAGAGAUGGUGAGAAUCUCUGUGAAAUCGAUUCACUACGAGAAAUUUCUUCUCAAUUUUUUGAGAUGGUUCCAGUAAGAAAAAUGAAAUGGAAGGAUGAGGAAGCCGCGCUGCUUGUUUCAAGUCCACAACUGCAGCAACAUCUUUUGCAGGCAACCGUUAGACACCCUGUGUGUUGUAGUUUUCCACCAGCUUUGUCUUACAUGCGGAGCUUCAUGAAGCUGCUAAUUCAAAAACUGGAGUCAGAAGAUGCAGACAUUUGUGAUGAAAUGUACGAAACAUAUACAGAGCUACUUUCUCGUAGUGAUGAAGAUGAUGAAACACUGUGUUACAAAUCAUACAAAAUGCCUUCUGGAGAGUGUAUUUCACUUCAAGAAUCUGUUCACCUUGUAUCACAAGGAACUACUGGUCUUAGCACAUGGCAGGCAGCACAACAUCUAGCUGAAUGGGUCCUAGAAAAUGCACAAGUUUUUGAUAAUAGAUCUGUGACAGAACUGGGAAGUGGACUAGGACUUACUGGGAUAGUUGCCUGUAAAUACUGUCAGAUACGAAGCUAUGCAUUUACCGACUGCCAUAUGCAAGUUCUAUAUCUUUUGUCUAAAAACAUUGAGCAGAAUCUUAUCAUAGACCAUCAGAGAACUGAAUCAGAAACAUCAGAUCUAGAUAAGAAAAUAUUGCGUAAAAUUAGAAAACAGUUAAGUCUUUCUUCUGAUCAGCAGAGCCCAGAAGAAGAAGAAGAUUCAUUAUUAAACGACAUUGAGAAUAAACAGGAAGAGGAUAUCAAUGUUGAUGCUAUUUAUUCAGACCCAGUUGAAUUAGAUGUAAAUAGAAAUGUUUGGGACACAGAUGCCUCACAUAGACUUGCUACACUUAAAGAGGAUAAACGAGUGAGCAUUUGUCAUCUUGACUGGGAAUGUGUUAAAGGAAGAAUACUUGAAAAGUUAAAGUCAGAUAUUAUCAUUGCUGCAGAUGUUGUUUAUGAUACCAGCAUUAUACCAGCUUUAGUUUUUGUGUUAAAAAGUCUACUAGACACUGGGCCAGACAGUAACAGAAAACCAAAAGCUUAUAUUGCUUCAACUAUAAGAAAUGAAGACACCAGAGAUGCUUUUCUUAUUGCAAUGGGUUCUGAAGGCUUAAAUUAUACUGUUGUGGAGUCACCAAAACAACACAGAUUUUACUAUGAUCGUUCAGUUCCCAUUGAAAUAUUACAAGUCUCAGCUCAUUAGUUAUGAAAUGAAGAACAAAAAGGGACCAAAAUUAUGUGUGCAACUUAACUUCAAGAUAGAUUAUGAUGCAUAGAUUUUUUUGUUUGCAGUUGUCAUAAAUAAUCAGGAAGAUAUUGAUUUAAUGAUACUAUAAAUUUUGGAAAGUGCCCUUAAUCCUUCUUUUAUCUAGUCAUGUAUCAGUAAGUUGUGGUGUUCAUUUUUUAUUGUAAAGAGUAAAAUGACAACAGACAUUUGAUUUAUCCUUUAAUAUAGUAUUACACUUUCCUGAUUGCUAAGAUGUUUGAAUUGCUAAUUUGAUGUUGAAUUAAAAAUAUUAUACUGUAA